GUCCAGAACAUGUCUCAGUCCAUCGAAGUGCUGAACCUUCGCACACAGAGGGACUUCCAGUACGUGAUGAAGAUGGAGAGCCAGAUGAAAGGCCUGAGGACCAAGUUCAGACAGAUCGAAGACGACAGAAAAUCUAUCAUGACGCGAAACGUCCAGGAGCUGAAGGAGAAGAUGGAUGAGCUGAAGCCUCUGAUCCCAGUGCUGGAGCAGUACAAGAUGGACGCCGCUCUCAUCUCCCAGUUUAAAGAGGAGAUCAGAAACUUGUCUUUGGACUUGACGGGGAUCCAGGAGGAACUGGGAGCCUAUGACUAUGACGAGCUGUACCAGAGAGUUCUCCGGCUGGACAGCAGGCUCAGGUCCUGCAUGGGCAAACUGACAUGUGGCAAAUUAAUGCAAAUCACUGGACCUGUUACCAUAAAGACUUCUGGGACGAGGUUCGGAGCAUGGAUGACUGACCCACUGGCAGCCACCGGAAACAACAGGAUUUGGUACAUGGACAGCUACACCAACAGCAAGAUAGUCCGUGAAUUCAAAAACGUUACUGAUUUUGUGUCUUCAAACGUCUCCCGAACGUACAUUCUGCCUUUCAAAUGGGAAGGAACCAACCACCUGGUCUAUAACGGCUCUCUGUACUACAACAAGUAUCAAAGCAACAUCAUCGUCAAGUACAGCUUUGAAACCGGGAGAGUUUUGGCCCAACGAGCCUUAGAAUUCGCCGGAUUUCACAACAUGUAUCCUUACACGUGGGGCGGUAAUACCGAUAUCGAUGUCAUGGCGGACGAACUGGGAUUGUGGGUUGUCUACGCGACCAAUCAGAACGCAGGAAACGUCGUCAUAUCUCAAAUCGACCCAGACACGCUCCAUGUGCUUAAGACUUGGAAUACCGAAUACUCCAAAAGGAACGCAGGCGAAUCCUUCAUGAUUUGUGGAACUCUGUAUAUUACUAAUUCGCAUCUGUCCGGAGCUAAAGUGUACUAUGCGUAUUCGACGAAAACUUCUACCUAUGAGUACAUAGACAUUCCCUUCCAUAAUAAGUAUUCUCAUAUCUCCAUGCUUGACUACAAUGCGCGGGAGAGGGUGCUGUAUGCCUGGAAUAACGGACAUCAGGUUAUUUUCAAUGUCACCCUCUUCCAUGUGAUCAAAACAGAGGAUGACUCUUAG